GGUAACGAUGCCUUCAUCAUUUAUCAGAAAACACGUCCGAGGUUUGCUUCGAAACAAGUUCGGACCAUCAACAAGUCUGGAUAAUGAUAAUCCGGAUAAUGAGCCAACUACUCCACGCGGUGACAACAACUCGGACCUUCAGCACUUUUUGGGAGGAAUCGAUCUCAGGAGACACGAGUUUCCUGAAGUUUAUUUUGGAAAGACGGGUCUAGAUCUACCUGCAAUACAAUUAGAAACUCUUGAUGCAGAUGUAUUUGCAUCUUUCACGGGACCAGAAGGUGGUUUGACUGAAGUUGGAGAAGUUCGACAAGGACAUCCGAUGGCUCGUAUGGCAAAUAUUGACGAUGAAAUGUCUUUGUCAAUUGAUGGAACAACAGAUGAAGAAGCUGAAGAUGAAGAGGAUCUAGAUGCUCCAAUAUCUAUGAAUCUGAAAAAGAGCUCUAGACAUUCAUUACUUCUUGGUUCAUGUUCUUCAAUUCUCGGACCAAAUGGAGAGCAUCACGAUUUCAGUGCAGGCCGACCAUCAGCUGAUGAUUAUGAUUGGAGCUCAUUUGAUGAACAAGGAGCAUAUGGAAUGAGUGUAUCACUUUAUGAGAAGAAUCCAAUAAGUGGAGUGAAUGCAGGAGAACCAAUUGCCGAUGUUUGGGGAGUUGUUGGAAGAAAUAAUAAUGGAGUCAUGGCAUUAGCUGAUGGAGUUAACUGGGGAGAAGGUGCCAGGUUGGCAGCGAGAUGUGCAAUUCGAGGAGCGAUAGAUCAUUUGAAUACAAGAGUUAUCAAAGAUUCUUUAGCUGAUACUACAGAAGUAUUCCACGAGAUGCUCGCUGCUUUCCACUCUGCUCAUUCGCUUAUUCUUCAAGAAGGUGGAAUGCUCACAACUCUGUGUGUUGCUCUUGUUGCUCCAGUUCGACGUGGAAAUGGAUGGGCUCUUUGUGUGUGCAAUGUUGGUGAUUCUCUGUGUUUUGUUUACAAUCGUCAUUAUGGAGUUCGAGAAGUUACAUUAGGAAGUCAUGAUAUUGAUCAAAUGAGAGAUAUGAGAGAUGCUGGUGGAGCUCUUGGUCCAGUUGAUGGAAGGAAUCCCCAACUUCACAAUCUAACAUGCUCCAUGACAUUUGUGGAAGAAGGUGAUGUUGUAUUCAUCACUUCUGAUGGUGUUUCGGAUAAUUUCGAUCCAGUUGUCGGAAAGUUUUGUGUGAUCAAGAAAAGUGAGCACGAGAACAAAGAGAAUGCACAUCUCCCGCCAAGAGAAGAUCGAACUUUGGAUGUAACAACUCGUGGAGGUGAAAAAGAUAAACAUUCAGAAUAUGCAAGAAAUCGUCCAUGUGCUGCAUCUCUUCCAUGUGUAGAUGCUGCCAAACGGCACGAGUUGAUGUUAGUUAGGAUGAGAGAUGUAAUUGCAAAUGGAUUUGGAAAUGAAACACCAAGAGGCCCAGCAUCAGAUUAUCAAUAUCCACCAGUCACUGCUUCAACUCUUUGUCAUCGACUUAUUCAUUUUGCAACUCAACUUUCUACUGCCAAGCGUCGAGUGUUGGAGAAUCCGGAACUCUACAAACGAGAGAAAAUGACAAAAGCAGAACAGAGAGCCAGGCGAAAAAUGGUUCGUGAGAAGAUCGCUGAUAUGCCAGGAAAACUGGAUCAUGCAUCCGUCGUUGCUUACCAUGUUUCGCGACGUGGUGCCGAAAAAGAGCCAUCAACACCUCCUGGUGGACUCCAAGCGGAUCAGUCUCAACUGAUUUCAUCUACAUCAGUGAGCUCUUCUGAAGCAAUGGAUACAGAACCUACUGUAGCUCUGAAGCUUGAAAACUCAACAUUCACAAGAGUUGCAUCGGUGCAAUGUGUCGAGCAUCUUAUUGGGGAACCGCGUGGAAUUGAGCAAGUUGAAAUGUUAACUCAAGAACCACCGCCGUCACCAAUGAGAUCAAAACCUGAACAGUUGAUAUUACAUGAUUUGGUCGAUAAACGGAAAAAGGAGAAGAAUAAUAAUACACCUGUAGUAGCAAACGGAAUUGAAAAUCGACCAGUUAGCCCAUAUGAGCAAUUACCGAUAAGCUCAAGAGAUUCUGGAAAACGUAGGAAGAAGCAUGGCAGAGGAUCCAUGGGACGUCAUACUUUGGGAGUUGAUGUCCAAUGGCUCAAGAAGCUUGUGACCAAGAAAGAAGAUCAAAAAACUGCUGACGACAUAAGAGGUGAUGUCAGCUUGAGUUCCGCAAAUGCCGAUCGUAACACACUUCGCCAACGAAUCAGAAGCAUGUUGGGAUCGAAUCGUACAUUAUCCAAUGUUGACCAAUCCACUAUGAAAAUCUCAAUGAAAGCCACCAAUGUCUAAACACCUCGUCAAAUGUAUAUUUCCAUACUUAUCCUACCACUGAGAUUUUGCUAUCCCGAUGAAUAUAAUUUGCUUCCAUGUUUUUCACCCGAUCUUUUCGAUAUUUUAUCACUGCGCAGUCAUUCAUUUAUAGGAAAGAAAAUUACAAUUUUUGCCAAAUUUGUCUUUUCUUGUAUUCAUUUCUUUCGAAACGGAAAACAUCCGUUUUUUCGCUUACGAGUGAAUUAAAUAAUUUGAAACAAAUUUCCUCUCAAUCGUUUUUGCCUCGGUAAAUGUCGAAUUUCUGUCAAAUAAAUACUUCAAUCC